UUUUAAGUGAGUGAGAGUAAAUAUAGAGCAGUAUAGGAUGCAAGAGCAAUACAACAGUGCAGAUGAUCAGUGUGCAAGUAUGGCAGUGCAAGUAUUUUAGCCUUUUAUUUUUCCAAUACUCCAAUAUUAUCCAAUAUUGUGUUGAAAAAGUCUAAAAAAACACAAAGUUUUUCCAUAAUUUUCCAAAUCUAAAAAUCUCUAAUGGCAUCAAAAACCUUCUAACCUCUAAGCUAUUUUAUUUUAACCUCUACGCUGAGACGCGCUACCUUUUCUCCGUUUUCCGGUGACGCAAUUUCCGUGAGCACCGAACGGUUUAAACGCUCGAGCCACCUUCGCAUUACGCGCCAAUGAUACGACCUACACAGUUUGCACGUGCCGUUUCGGCUGUGUUUGUAAUCAUCUUUAAUAAUGGCGCAGAAGAAGAAGAAGACCGACGUAGACGUUUUGGGCGAAAUCAGGUGGACCAGUGACGUCGAAGUAGAAGAUUCCUCGGACAGCUGCGUCGAAAUGGAAGAAGAGGAGGAUGAAGACUUUCUUCUAAGGAGGGACCCCGUUUAUGACCAGGAGGACCCAGAACUAUCACGAUCUUCUUCGAGUGACAAUGAUGCAGAAGAAGAAGAAGAUGGGUGUAAGCCGUCCUCAGAGCCUGUGAAACGCCAGGUAGCUUCUGCCUCAAAACGUAGGAGCAGCUCAUCCGCAAAUGUCACACAAGUGAAGAAAUGUCAGGAUGUCUCGAGGCGGGCGGGUCAGGCGACCUCAACUCAUGGAAAUGAAGACAAGAACAUGUGGCACUCUCCUGAUGAACCUGAUACAGAUCCACAAGCCCCUAAGUUCGCUCCGAAGCAUCCUCCAGGACCCCAGAUUGAUGCCACAAAGUCUUGGUCGCCACUGAACCUGUUCAAACUGUUUUUCAGUACAAGCACCAUCCGGACCAUAAUCCAAAACACAAAUAUGAAAGCAAAAAGGACAAUUGCAGCAGGGAAAAAAUUCAAGUGGAUACCCCUCACAGUUGACAACUUCUACAUCUUUUUGAGUAUCAUAAUUUUUACUGGGUUAGUACAGGUCCCCUCCAGAACAGACCUCUGGAGAACAAAGUGGCCUUACAACUUCAACUUUCCACGCCAGUGCAUGAGCCGUGACAAGUUUGAGGCCAUCUUCUGGUCUAUUCAUCUGUCUAACAUCAAAGAAGACGACAAAAACCAGAAGAAGAAAGGAACACCUCAAUAUGACAGACUGUUCAAAAUUAGGCCCCUAUAUGAUGAAAUCAAGACUGCAUGUAGGUCUGUCUUCCAACCGGGCAGGGAGAUAUGUGUUGAUGAGCGCGUUGUGGCGAGCAAGGCCAGACUAGGAUUGCGUCAGCACAUGGACAAGCACCAGUUAGGAUACAAACUUUUUGUUUUAGCAGAUUCUAACUGUGGCUACACGUGGAACUUCUUCAUUUAUGACGGAAAGACUGAAAGAGUUCAACAGGAGGGCCUCAGCUUCACCUCUGUCAUGGACUUAAUGGAAUUUAAACUUAUUGGCAAAGGUUAUCACCUCUACGUAGAUAGUUUCUACACCAGCCCCAGCCUGUUUCACAAACUGUCAGCCAACCACACCGGCGCUUGUGGAACCAUUCGGCAGACGCGUGUUGGUUUUCCAAAAACAACAAGGAACAAUCUUCCCAAAUCUGCUGAGAGAGGAGACAUGAGGUGGCUCCGCAAAGAUGGACUGCUCUUUCUGAAAUGGAAGGGUGCCAAGGAGGUGACUGUGUGCAGCACCUUUCACAAGGCCUACAGCGGAGACACGAUGCGGAGGAGAGUGAAGGAGGGGGGCCAGUGGAUCUUCAAGAAUAUUGCUGUUCCCGAUGCUGUGAGGGAUUGUAAUAAGUUCAUGGGAGGAGUGGGGUUAUCAGAUGCCCUCAUCCAAUACUAUUCAGUCAAAGGAAAAACGAUGAAAUGGUACAAGACUUUUUUUUAUCAUUUCCUUGACAUCGCUGUGGUCAACUCGUACAUCCUCUUCAAGAUGUUGGCCGUCGGAAGAGGAGAGGCUCCGAUGUUACAGAGGAAGUUCAGGGAGGUCCUCAUGCAAGAACUCAUUGACGAGUCUCGAGCUGUUGCUGCUGCAGCUGCUCCAAAACCCAGCCCAUCAAACAUGUGCUUGCCUGCCUACUAUGGCUCAACGGCCACUGACCACAGAAGACAGUGUGUCCUCUGCAAGGCGGAGGGGAAAAUAACUAAGACUCCAGUCUACUGUAGCAAGUGCAAUGUUGCCCUGUGCUUCGUUAGCGACAGAAAUUGUUUCAAAGACUUUCAUUUGAAGGUGUAGGGUCACAACCCUGACCAACUCCACUGUCUGAGGCAGCCUAUCAUCAGCGACCAGAUCUGCAGGAACGCUUACCCCCACCUCUUCACCGACAGCAUGGUGUGCUCUGGAUUCAUGCAUGGAGGAGCCAGCAGCUGCCAGGCGAGGAGCUCGGUCUGCUGUUGAACGUAAAACAAUAAUGAAACAAAAAAAGGUACAAAACAUGAGUUCAUCUAUGAGCCAAAGACAACCAAGCAGUGAUUUAUCAGUUAAUUAUAGCCACAUUGAGUUGAAGUUGUUCCUAUUGUAGAAUUUAGUAGUUUUAUGAAAUAGAGGAGCUGAUGUAUUACAAUAUUAUGACAAAAUGUAGCUGUGACUUGAGUUUUGAACAAAUUAUGCUGUUUUUGAGCUGUUGGCUGAUUAAAACUAGCAAAAAGCAGUGACGCAUACUUAUCUCAGUUUAUCGCAGUUUUCUUUUAUCCAAGCUAAAUGUUGUUGUAGAAUAAUUAAGAAUGGAGUAUAGUAGUAUGCUGAUGGACUAAAAUAAAAGAAAAAAAGAGUAACUUAUGGGUUAAUCAAGAUAAGUUUCAUACUGGUGGAUGGCUUUAUUGCUUUAGAGAAGUACCGUAAUGAUCAAUCUCCAACUGAAACAUUCACUUUAGUUCACUAAACGGUUCCUGAAAACUGCUUUUCAUUAUUACUUCACCCUCCCUGAUCUUUUCCAUUGCAUUUUUGCACCACAGUGACCAUGUUAAAAUUGCAUUCAUUUUGGCCAGGUUUUGCAUAGUAAUUGUUCUUUGUCUUUAUGCCUUUAAAUAAAAUAAAGCAAUCAGUCUCCUUUAA